UGGUCCUACGUUGUAGCUUACUGAGUGACUAACUGACUGGAAAACAAUUUUAAGUCAGAUACAUAAUUUAUUUAUUAAGGCGCAUGUGCCAUUUUAGAACAUCGUCUAGAGAUUAAUUGGAUGUAAUCUUACAGUAUUAUUUAGUUUUCUAAAUUGUAUUCAUCAUAUUCAAACCAUUCAUUUCAAUGAUCUUAUACCGAAAACACAAAUACGUAUAUGAUUGUCUAAAUUACGUGUUUGCCUUAUGUCUGGCUAUCUUUGUUUUGGAGCAAUAAUUUGGAUUUAGAAUAACAGAACCUGGUGGUAACUUAUUAAAAAGUAUAUACUUCCUUCGUCCGUCUACCUACUAGUGUAAUUUUCAUCUCACAGAAGUGUUGCAUAGCCAAAAUACAUCAGUUACUCCAACAUAUACUGAAUAAAAUGAAUCAUAAUACCAGUUUAACAAGAUGUUGAAAAAGCCAUUAUGUUCUUAGUUUGUUUAAGAGAUGACAGAAACGACCUACUGGAUUUAAUUUUUAACUACUAUCAGUUAUUAUUAAUAAUCAAUUUCUCAUUACCUCAAUGUUUCAUAUCUUUGAUUUAUUGUAUAGAUAUAUUUAUAUUUGCGACCAACCCUACACUGUCAGAUAUUGCAAAUUUAUGGAAUACUUAUGUAUUAAACAAAUUAUGUAUUACUUAUUAAAUUUUAUAUUUUGGCUAGCAGAAUAAACAAUUUGACUAUAAUAUACUCUGAAUACUGUGACAAACGUCACUCUUAACUUUUAUUCUCCAAUUUUAAAUGAUAAUUUAGUUCUGUUUCUCCCAUGUUUGAAUUUCCGUAGUCUUAUUAUCUCUCCUGUUCUACUCAUUUUGUUAAUUGCCGCUUCUGACGAUCCAUUAAAUUCACAAUGAGGUCUAAUAGAUGUCGAACUUAACCUACAGAAGUUCAUUCCAUAAUCCGUUAAUUUCUGAUGUCCUAAACUUCGUUUAACCUACUAAACAAAUCAUUUAUUUAAAAUAAUAUUUCGACGGAAAGUCUCAAUGUAUACUGUCAGUUUCAGUUUAAAAGAGCAGAAGGCUUGAAGCCUUAUGUUAGUCCAUUUCAUUUUAGCUUCAAAAAUGAAUGGAAUAAUUGAAUUCUCCUUGAAUAUGUAAAUGACAGUACCGUCAAAACAUUUGUACAGACAUGCUGAUAUACAUGCGGCAUAUACCUCACUAAAAUAUAUUCCAUAUUAUAAAAUUUUCAAUUAGAAACACAAUUAAAAUUUGUUCUAAAUAUAAAGAUAAAGCAUUUAUUUCUAUUAAUAUUUAGAUGCGCGAUAGACGAAGGUUUAUCAUAUGACGUAAAGGAUGGGAAAUUUGAAUUGAUCGCAAACAAUGAAUCAGAUAAACUUUUACUUAAGGAAGGGCAACGUAGAGCUGCUUGGAUUGGUGCAUGCAAUCAUUCAGUGAGAUUAUUAUUUGGUUUAUUGACGACAAUGAUAAUUGGUUACAUAUCUGACCAUUUUGGCCGUCGUUUGUCAUUAGGUAUCAUGAUCAUCGGAGAAGCAUUACAAAUAAUCACACUGAGUGUGGUUGUUCUACUCCAAGCUAACCCAUGGUUAACAAUUAUCCCUGGUUUAUUCGAUGGAUUUAUAGGAGGUGGUUUGUUAUCGAUCCAAGCACAAGUUUCAGCAUCAUUAACGGAUUUAGUGUGUAAAGAAUCAAUAGAUAAUAAUGAUGUAACAAAUAGUCAAUUAACUAAUCAAAAUAAUUUAUGGACUUUAUUCACUUGGUUCGAUGGACUUGCUUUAAUUAGUUUAUCACUUUCAAAUCCUAUAGGAGGUACCCUUCUUUAUCGAGGCGGUUUUCAACUACCAGUUAUCAUCUGUAACAUUUUGGUUGGGAUUAGUUUAUUGAUGAUAUUUUUUCUACCUGAAUCGAACAUAGUAUUUCGUCCGAAAUGUUUAAAUAUAGACACUUUAAAUAAUGAUCAAGAUUGUAAAAACGAGAGUAGUAAUAUAGAGAUUGUUUUUGUACGCAGCAGGAAUUUAUCAUUUUGGGAAGUGAAUUGUCAAAAUAUUCAAAACAGUUUCAAGAUCCUAAGUGGAAAAUAUAAACAAUACAUUCUAACUGGAUUUAUUGUAUUUUUGUUAUCUACUGUUACAUCAACGGAUUUGUAUAUUAUAUACAUAUAUCUGAUGGGAUAUCCAUUUUUAUGGAAUUCACAGGAUGUUGGAAUUUAUUCUGGUGUAACUGAUAUAGUUUCUGCAAUCAUCGCACUUAUUUUCACACUUUUAAUGGCUCGAAUCAUACAUAGACCAAUAUCAAAAUCAAGUCAUUCAAUCUCUCAGAAUAUAUCUGAUACAAAUGAUAAUUAUAAACAAUUUAAUGAAGUUAAAUGUCAAUCUGUCAAUUUCCUUUUAAAAAUAUUAAUUUUCAGUAUUUUCAUGAUGUUUAUGAACCGAACUAUACUUGGUAUAUCAUAUCUGUUUAAUACAUUUACAGCUAAUACUUUAGUUUAUAUCGCUACCAUACCAAGAUUUGCUAAAGGGUUGAAUAAUCCAAUACUAAGAACCCUUAUAUCCAUGUGGACUGACCAAUCAAGCAGGGUAUGAUGCAUUCAUUUGUGGCGUUUGUAUCACGAUUGGGCGUACUUACUUGUUUUUCUGUAUUAAUUUCAAUCUAUUCUUCAACAACUCAUCUAUUCCCGGGUGCAGUAUUCUUGGUCUGUUCCAGUUUGAUAAUUAUUGCACUGAUAACAACCGGGUUUUUAUAUGGAUUAACCAAUAAAAACAUGAAUAUUAGUCAGAUGGAAAACACUUCAGAGAAUAUAUAUAAUGAACAAACCAAAAUUUCAAAUUAGUGUAUUAGAAUUAUAUUUUUUUACAUUUCAAUAAACUCUACUUGUUAUAUACGAGCGAAGAUUAAAUCACGAGUAACUUCUGAGACAUAUUAAUUGACUAAUAUGAUCUAUACAUUCUUAUGGUAUAACUAUUCAAUAACUAGGUUAUGUAUAUUUAUAUUCCUCUUAUUAUAAGCUUGAUUUUGAUCUAUAAUUUAUUAUUGUAUGAUUUACUGUUCUUAAGCUAUGUUCAGUUUAUCGACUACUGCCUCCCACGUUCACACUGACUUUUUGGCUUUAUUGUAUACAAAUGUUAUUUCCUAUUUUAUGGUGUGUUGCAGUCUGUUUGUUUGAUAUAUAAACCCAGUAUGUCUGAAAUAAAUGAUUCGAUCCGAUUC